GGAAGAGGAGAAGGAGGAGGAAGAGGAGGAGGAGGAGGAGGAGAAAGGCCGGCCAUGGGGCCUCCGGGGCUGAGGACCCCCUCCAUCACCACCAGAACCAGUGGGACCAGUAGGACCAGUAGCAGCGGGACGAGGCUGGAGCCGGCGGCUGACCCGGGGGUCCCAGAGGUUGAUGCGGGGGUCCCGGGGGCCCCCCGGCUAAGAGCCUGCUUGACUAUCCUCCUGCUAAGCCUCUGGGCAUUGGGCAGUGAUGGGCAGCCCCCGCCCCUGUAUCUCUGGAAGACGGGUGCGUGGGGCAGAUGCAUGGGUGAGGAAUGCGGGCCCGGAGGCAUCCAGACGCGGGCCGUGUGGUGCGCCCACGCCGAGGGCUGGACCACCCUGCUGACCAACUGCAAGCAGGCCGAGCGGCCCGCCAGCCAGCAGGACUGCUUCCGCGUGUGCGACUGGCACAAGGAGCUGUACGGCUGGCGGCUGGGGCCCUGGACCCCCUGCCGCCCCGUGGGGUCCCGCGGCCCCGAGAAGCCCCCCGAGUGCCUCAGGGGGGAGGAGGGGAUCCAGACGCGGGAGAUCGCCUGCGAGCCCCGGGCCCCGGGCGCGGGCGGGACGGCCGAGGACGCCAUCUGCGAGUACUUCGAGCCCCAGCCGCGCCUGGAGCAGGCCUGCCUCAUCCCCUGCCCUCAGGACUGCGUGGUGUCCGCCUUCACGCCUUGGUCCUCCUGCUCCCAGACCUGCGGGGGUGGGCUGCAGCACCGCACCCGCCACGUCGUGGCCGCCCCCCAGUUCGGCGGCUCGGCCUGCCCCAACCUGACGGAGGUCCAGCCCUGCCGGCCCCAGCCCUGCGUCGGGGAGGAGAGCGCCCACAGCUUGACCGUCGGGCCCUGGAGCGCCUGCGGCCUGCCCCAUCCUCGCCAGGCCCGCCGGGCCCGCAGGGAGGCCCGGCCCAAGGCGCGCGACCGGGAGCGGGACAAGGCGCUGAGGGACCCCGAGGCCCGGGAGCUCAUCAAGCGGAAGAGGAACCGCAACCGGCAGAGCCGGCAGGAGAACAAGUUCUGGGACAUCCGGAUCGGCUAUCAGACGCGGGAGGUCACCUGCGCCCACAGGAGUGGGACCACGGUCGCUCUGAGCUUCUGCCCCCAAGACAAGUUGCCCAUCCCCUUCCAAUCGUGCGUCAUGGCGACGGAGUGCCAGGUGUCCGAAUGGUCCCACUGGAGCCCGUGUUCCAAGACGUGCUACGACGCGGCCGCCCCCCAAGGGAACCGCACCCGGACACGGACCGUGCGGAGGUUCCCGGUGGGUGACGUUGAGGGCUGCCCCGAACUGGAGCAGGUGGAGCCCUGCGGACCCCAAGGGGAUGGAUCGCUCCCCUGUGCCACGUACGGCUGGCAGACGUCCGAGUGGUCCGAGUGUCGGGUUGGCCCGCUGCUCAGCCAGCAGGACAAGAGGCGAGGCAACGUGACGGCGCUCUGUGGAGGGGGAAUCCAGACCCGCCAGGUCUUCUGUGUCCAGGCGAACCAAAACCUCCUCUCCUACCUCAGCACCCUCAAGGACAAAGAAGCGUCCAAGCCGGUGGAUUGGAAGUUAUGCACGGAAGCUCCUCCCAACACCACUCAACUGUGUCACAUCCCUUGUCCGGUGGAGUGCGAGGUGUCCGCGUGGUCAGCCUGGGGGCCCUGUGCCUUUGAAAACUGUGAGGACCAGCAAGGCAAGAAAGGUUUCAAGCUGAGGAAGCGACGGGUGAGCCCGGAGCCGGCCGGCGUGGCCGGCGGGGCGGGCAGUUGCCCCCACGCGCUGGAGGCCAUCCCCUGCGAGGAGCCCACCUGCUAUGACUGGCGAGGCGGGCGGUGGGGGCCCUGCCAGCCGGACCACGGACGCCCCUGCGGACCCGGGACCCAGGUUCAAGAGGUCGUCUGCGUCAACAGCGACGGAGCGGAGGUGGACAGGCAGCUGUGCCGCGACGCCAUUUACCCGACGCCCGUGGUCUGCGAUGUGCCCUGCCCUAAGGACUGCGUCCUGAGCGCUUGGUCCCACUGGUCUUCCUGCUCCCACACCUGCUCCGGAAAGACCACCGAAGGCAGGCAGAUGCGAUCACGCUCCAUCCUGGCCUAUCCCGGCGAUGAAGGAGGCGCCCAGUGUCCAGAAAGCAGCGGCCUGCAGGAGAGCCGCAGCUGCAACCAGCACGCCUGCACCGUCUAUCACUGGCAGGCCAGCCCCUGGGGCCAGUGCGUGGAGGACUCCUCCGUGGCCGCCUUCAACUCGUCCGCCCGCUGGCACCGCCAGGACGCCUGCUCCGUGGGCAUGCAGACCAGGAAGGUCAUCUGUGUGAGGGUCAACGUGGGACAGGUCGGGCCCAAAAAGUGUCCGGAGAGUCUUCGCCCAGAAACAGUGAGGCCUUGCCUGCUUCCCUGCCGAAAAGACUGCAUCGUGACUCCCUAUAGCCACUGGAGUCCGUGCCCUGUGUCCUGUCAAGAAGGGGACACCACCAUAAGGAAGCAAACUCGAACUCGGGUCAUCAUUCAGUUUCCGGCCAAUGGGGGCCGCGAAUGUCCCGACACCUUGAAGGAGGAGAAGGAUUGUGAGCCCCCUCCAGUCUGCCAGGAUUACAGGUGGAAGUCCCACAAAUGGCGGCGUUGCCAGCUGGUUCCCUGGACCGUGCGCCAGGACAGCCCCGGUGCCCAGGAGACGUGCGGACCAGGGCUGCAGGCCAGAGCCAUCAGUUGCCGCCGGCUGGACGGGGGCCCGGCGGAGGUGGGCGAAUGCCUGGGGCGGGCCGGCCCGCUGCCCCCGCUCACCCAGCCCUGUCAGAUCCCCUGCCAGGAUGACUGCCAGCUCACCCCCUGGGCCCGCUUCUCCCCCUGCAACGGAGACUGCGGCGCCGUCAGGACACGGAAGCGCCUGCUCGUCGGAAAAAGCAAGAAGAAGGACAUCUGCAAGAACUCCCAGCUCUACCCGUUGCUGGAGACGCAGUUCUGCCCGUGCAACAAGUACAGGGCGCAGCCGGUGGGCACGUGGUCGGACUGCAUCCUGCCCGAGGCCCGGCCCGAAGGGCCGCAGGGGGCCAAGGUGCCCGGGGACGGCAAGGACUGUGGCCAGGGCUACCGCUACCAGAGCAUGGCCUGCUACGACCAGAAUGGCAGGCUGGUGGAGACCACUCGAUGUGACAGCCACGGGUACAUCGAAGAGGCCUGCAUCCUCCCCUGCCCGGCGGACUGCAAGCUGAGCGAGUGGUCCACCUGGUCGCGUUGCAGCAAGUCCUGCGGGAGCGGCGUCAAGGUUCGCUCCAAGUGGCUGCGCGAGAAGCCCUACCACGGAGGCAGGCCCUGCCCCAAACUCGACCACGUCAACCAGGCUCAGGUGUAUGAAGUCGUCCCGUGUCACAGCGACUGCGGCCAGUACAUCUGGAUCGCCGAGCCCUGGAGCGUCUGCAAGGUGACCGUGGUGGACAUGAAGGACAACUGCGGAGAGGGCGUCCAGACCCGAAAAGUGAGGUGCAUGCAGAACACGGUGGACGGGCCUUCAGACCAUGUAGAGGACUACCUGUGUGACCCGGAGGAGAUGCCCCUGGGGUCCAGAGAGUGCAAACUACCCUGUCCGGAGGACUGUGUCAUGUCGGAGUGGGGCCUGUGGAGUAGAUGCUCCUUGCCCUGCAAUCAGACCAGCUUCCGACAGAGAUCGGCAGAUCCCAUCAGACACCCCGAUGAAGGGAGGGCCUGUCCUCAGGGGAUCCAGCAGGAGCCCUGUGUUCUCAACAAAAACUGUUACCACUACGAUUACAACGUCACAGACUGGAGCACGUGCCGGCUGAGCGACAAGGCCGUGUGUGGCAGCGGGGUGAAGGUCCGGAUGCUGGACUGCGUACGCAGCGACGGCCGAUCCGUCGACCUGAAGUUCUGUGCGGAGCUGGUCCUGGAGAAAAGCUGGCCGAUGAACAUGUCCUGCACGGUGGAAUGUCCCGUCAACUGCCAGCUGUCCGACUGGUCCUCGUGGUCCACGUGCUCCCACACCUGCGGGCUCACGGGAAGAAUGGUCCGCCGGAGAACAGUUACCCAGCCCCACCAGGGGGAUGGCAGGCCGUGCCCGGCCCAGAUGGAGCAGGCCAAACCCUGCCCGGUGAACCCGUGUUAUCGCUGGCAGUACAGCCCGUGGUCUCUGUGUACCGUGCAGGAUGCGCAGUGUGGAGAGGGAACCAGAACCAGGAACGUGUCGUGUGUGGUGAGCAACGGCUCCGUGGAGGAUGCCGGCAAGGAGGUGGAUGAGGAGUUUUGCGCAGAUCUCGACCCUGUGAUUGACGGAGAGAAGAUGGUUCUGGAGAAACCCUGCACCCAGCCCUGCCCAGGCGAUUGCUACCUCCAGGAAUGGUCUCCCUGGAGCCUCUGCCAGCUGACCUGCGUCAACGGAGAAGAUCUCGGCUUUGGAGGGAUCCAAGCUCGAUCCCGGGCGGUGAUCAUCCAGGAACUUGAGAACCAGCAUCUCUGCCCGGAGCAGGUUCUGGAAACGAGGCCGUGUGACGACGGCCAUUGCUACGAGUACAAGUGGAUGGCCAGCCCGUGGAAAGGAUUGGCGCGGACCGUAUGGUGUCAAAGGUCAGACGGCUUAAACGUGACAGGAGGAUGCUUAGAGAUGCGCCAGCCGGAUGCUGACAGAUCCUGCAACCCAUCCUGCAGUCAGCCUCACUCCUUCUGCAGCCAGACGAGAGUGUGCAGCUGUGAAGAGGGCUACACAGAAGUCAUGUCGUCCGCCGGGAGCCUGGUGGAGUGCAGGCUCAUCCCCGUGUUGGUCAUCCCCACCGCCUCCGACAACACCCACAACGCCCACAACGCCGACGACGCCGACGACGGCCACGGUGGAGAUGUCAAAACCAGCCGCGCCGUCCAUCCCACCGAGCCCUCCAGCAGCCCGGCCGGGCGUGGACGCUCCUGGUUCCUUCAGCCUUUCGGUCCAGAUGGAAGGCUGAAGACGUGGGUUUACGGUGUAGCCGCUGGCUUGCUUGUAUUACUCAUCUUCAUUGUCUCUAUGAUUUAUCUAGCCUGUAAAAAGCCAAAGAAACCGCAGAGAAGGCAGAACAACCGACUGAAACCUUUAACCUUAGCCUACGAUGGAGAUGCAGAUAUGUAAAGCGGAACGAAGACCGAAUUCUGCAUCCUGCUUGGAAAUGGCCACGCGGGUAUGGGGGGGAGAGGGGAGGGCUGCAGAAGGAAGCAUUUUGACUCUUUUAAGAAUCACCUCACAAGAGGAAACAGAAGACUGGGGAGAACGGAGUUCUUAAUACACCACUGAGGAGAGUCAAGGCGCCAACUCUAGACCGUCAGCCCCGAAGAGGCCACAGAGAUCAUCCUGAGACCCAGCCGGGGUCUUUCCAGAAACAAACCCACCACCAAACCAAGCCGCCUGCAUCGCCAAAGCCUUCUCGUCAAAACACAGAGUUAGCUCGCUUGGACCAGAUCUUCCCCGCGAUGUAACCCGUCCGCAUGAAGAACCUAUAGCCAGCUCUCGCUACCCAACAUUCAAAUAAUGCAGCAUAAGAGAGUCUAUAUUCAGCCAAAGCCUAAGUAUGAUCCCGUCCGAUUAUAUCCUCAUUACCAAGCAGUUUCGAGCUUCAUAAGAGGUUGACUCUUACCUCAGCGGAGCCCAUCCCCGUGGACCAUCUCGGCACCUCGGUCGUGGAUCGUAGCGGCCGCUCUCGUGCGGUUCGCAGGGUGGACACUCAGUUCUGGUCUCUCUCUCUCCAAAGCUGAUGGAAAUGGACCAGUUUCUAGGAAGAAAGCGUCUUCAGGUUCGGUAUUUUAUAGUGGUUACUGUCCGGAUAAUUAAUCCCCGUGUGUUAAUACGACAUUUCUACUUUCUCUAACUCUCUAACUUGUUGCCUGCAUCUUUUUCUGGUUACAUGUAAGGCAAAUUUUUGCACUAUAUUAGUGCAGCAUGUUAUAUGCACUUAAUAGCCUAGCCGUAGAGACUGCCUCUUUUCCUGUGGGUUGAGAACACUUAAGGCCGAGAAAGUUCCCCGCGGUAUGUGCGAUGGAAAUCCUUGGAUCCUGAAGGGAGGAGAGUUCGGUUUGGCCCGCGAUGGGUCGCCUUCAGUCGACCCGGAUGUGAUGUGUCUGUUUCCCGUCUCCUCAGCCAUCUCACAAUCUCUAUCUACCAUGGCAGCCAUGAAAGUGUCUAGUUCUCUCCGCGCCCCCAUCAGUGACCUCUGUAGAUCUCCCCCCUACCCUCUGGUUUCUAAUUGUACUUUGAAGGCUAUUGAUGACUCGAUUUUUUUUACAUUUGUUAACUUUGUUUAAAAAAAAGGGAAAAGCGUUUUGCCCCUCUGCAUUUGAGUGAACUAUUUGUGCGUACCUGAAAAAAAUAAUGCCUAGUCAUUUUCGGAGCGCGGAGGAAUCGAAAUUACUGGCCGGUUGACCCGUCCUUCCCUCGGUCACCUCUUCACGUCAGAGGCCUGCGGAUGAAACUCAUCUCUUACCUCUGGAAACGACGGGACUGAAAGGGAUCGUCCGCUCGUGAAGUCCGGAGAAAGGAUCCAAGGAGACGUGCGAUGCUCAGGGUGUGGCCAGAUCUUCUCCUCCUCCUGCUACCUACCCGUGUCUUCCCAGAAUUCCCGCCACAGAGAGAGUGUUGUCCAUCCAUAUCAGCAAUCCCGAUUUCCCGUGCAUUGGCCCGGGGAUCCCGCCGCCCCCAGAGGCCUGGGUUUGAGGACAGACCCAUCCAGAGGUCUCCCAGAUUUUAACCACCGCUGUGGGAGGAGGGAAGAAGAAGGCAGGCGGGUGCCACCCUGAUGUAACCCCAAGGCCCUGAGUGGGCAUCUAGACUCUCUUUAGACUGGAAGCUCGCUAAGGGCAGGCAACGAGUCUGCUAAUUCUGUUGGACUGCACUCUCCUAAACACUUAGUACAGUGCUCUGUAAAUAGUAAAUGCUCAAUAAAUGCCAUCGAUUGAG